ACGCGAGCCGAAACAGCAGUCCCCGUCCGCGUCGCGUCGCGUCGACGUUGACGUUGUUUCACGUACCUCGCCGUACCGUCGCCGCCGUCGUCGUCGACGAUGACCUUUCGGGUAAUCCGCGUCGGGGGUGGUGCCGCGGUGAAACCGGUAUCUGUGAUCCUUUAAACGAGACCCGAAGUCGCCGGUGGUUAGUGUCGACUGAUUUGUGAACGGGGGGAUAGGCGAGCGGGCAGAGAAAAAAUUUUCGCUCUGGUGUCCAUUGUGAAUCCACAGGGAAGAGAGGAGAGGAGCGCCAUCGCGAGACGAUCGACAUGGUGGAUACCGAGUAGCGAUUAUGCGAACGAGCACCGAGACAUGAAGGGAGCAAGACACAGGGUCGCGUGGGACUGUCAGAGGCGAUAGCAGUGAUACCAAGAUGAGCAUACUAAACACGGAUUCGGAGAACCGUGUGGUACUAAACGUGGGCGGUAUCAGACAUGAGACGUACAAGGCGACCCUGAAAAAGAUCCCGGCCACCCGGCUGUCGAAAUUGACCGAGGCUUUGGGCAAUUACGACCCGAUCCUGAACGAGUACUUCUUCGACCGGCACCCGGGUGUUUUCGCCCAGGUGCUCAAUUACUAUCGUACCGGGAAGCUUCAUUACCCGACGGACGUAUGCGGCCCGCUGUUCGAGGAGGAACUCGAUUUCUGGGGGCUGGACUCCAAUCAGGUAGAGCCAUGCUGUUGGAUGACAUACACUCAGUUCCAGGUAAUCAGCAUAGUCUCGGUCCUAUUCAUCUGCAUCUCGAUCCUCUCGUUCUGUCUGAAAACCCACCCGGACAUGCGAGUACCAGUGAUCGUGAACCGUUCGGUGAACACGGGAAACGGUAGCUCGUGGGCGGUGGACAAAACCCAUACGAACGCGCACGACUUCUUCUUCUACAUCGAGUGCGUGUGCAACGCGUGGUUCACCAUCGAAUUCCUAAUCCGCAUCACAGCCAGUCCAAACCGUUGCGUAUUCAUCAAGAGUUCGGUGAACCUGAUCGACAUGGUAGCCACCCUGAGCUUCUACCUGGACUUAGCGUUACAAAGAUUCGCGUCGCACCUCGAGAACGCGGACAUAUUGGAAUUCCUGAGCAUAAUCAGAAUCAUGAGACUGUUCAAACUGACCCGUCACUCGUCCGGCCUGAAGAUCCUUAUACAAACGUUCCGCGCGUCUGCCAAGGAAUUGACGUUGCUCGUGUUCUUCUUGGUGCUGGGCAUCGUGAUAUUCGCCAGUCUAGUCUAUUACGCCGAGAGGACCCAGUACAACCCGAAGAACGACUUCAAGAGCAUACCACUGGGCCUCUGGUGGGCCUUGGUCACCAUGACCACCGUCGGUUACGGGGACAUGGUACCCAAGACUUACGUCGGCAUGUUCGUAGGCGCGCUUUGCGCCCUCGCCGGCGUGUUAACGAUCGCCCUGCCGGUGCCCGUGAUCGUCAGCAACUUUGCGAUGUAUUACAGUCACACGCAGGCGCGAGCCAAGCUGCCGAAGAAGAGGCGGCGCGUCUUGCCCGUGGAGCAGCCCCGGGUCAGGGCCCCAGGUGCCGUUCAGACCGGCACCGGGCCCCCCGGAUGCACCGCGCAGCAUCUACAGGUCGGACAUCCACCGCCCGGCAUCGGAGCUGGCCAGCUUCAGGGUGUGGGUUGCCAGGGUGGCCAGGGACCUCAGAACAGGAGGAUGAACGCCAUUAAAAGUAAUCAUCCUAAGGACGUGACGUUUGCUACGAAAACUGAGGAGGACCGGAGGAACUCUAACCUGCGGACCAACGGGACCAAGACAGCUGGAGGUUUGGGUUAAUAAGUA